GCGGCGGCCCGCUCGAGCCCCCGCGCUCGUUGCGGGCCCUGAGGGCGCAGCUCACCUAUUGGCCAGCGCGCCCAGGGCGGGAGAAGUGGCUAACGGCUGCGGCUGGCCCGCAGGGUGCAGAAGAGAUGGCGUCGGGGUCCAGGGCUGCUGUGCCUGAGGACUCCGUCCGAACCAUCAGCCCCGGCAGGCGAGGAGACAGGGUUGUCCUCGCGUCCACCGCUGACACGGUGAUGGCGGCGACGCUGAAGACCACGGCGUCCCCGGUGCGGUCGGUAAUGGCUUCCCCUCGCCCGGUGAAGGGAAAAGCGGGCCGGGAGGCUGCGCGGCGGCGGCUCCAGCUCCCGCCGGUCUCUCAGGCCGGGGGCUCGGGAGAGGGGGCCGAGGAGGAGGAGGAGCCCUUUCUCUUGGUGCCCGGAGGGGAUGAAGAGGAGGCGCAGCCGUUGCCGCAGAUCUGCGUGUCGCCCAUGCGGGGGAUGUGGCGGGACGAGAAGGUGGCGCUGUACUGCGACCGGGUGCUGGCGGGCUGUAAGGCAGAAGAUGCUGAUGAGGCUAUGAGCAAAUACCUAUCAGAAAAACUGCAAUUAAAAGACAAAUGGCUUGGAGUCUGGAAAACUAGUCCUGAGUUAUUCUUUGUGAAAUAUGAAGAAGCUUCUAUCCCUUUUGUCGGUAUACUUAUUGAGGUAACUUGUAAACCACGCCAAAGCCCAUCAUCUUGUUUCAAAGUCACUGUUUCUGUUGCUGAGCCCUUUUCUUCUAACAUUGCAAAUAUCCCAAGGGCUUUGGUUGAUGAGAUUUUGGAAGAACUGGAGCACAGCGUACCUCUCUUGGAAGUUUAUCCUGUUGAAGGACAAGAUGCUGAUAUACAUGAUAUUGCUCUGGCCUUAGAAGUUGUAAGGUUUUUUUAUGACUUUCUUUGGAGAGACUGGGAUGAUGAAGAAAGUUGUGAGAAUUAUACUGCUUUGAUUGAAGAAAGAAUUAAUUUGUGGUGUGACAUUCAGGAUGGAACAAUACCUGGUCCGAUUGCACAACGUUUUAAAAAAACUUUGGAGAAAUAUAAAAACAAGCGUGUCGAGCUCAUUGAGUAUCAGAGCAAUAUUAAAGAAGACCCAUCUGCAGCAGAGGCUGUUGAAUGCUGGAAAAAAUACUAUGAGAUAGUAAUGCUUUGCGGAUUAUUGAAAAUGUGGGAAGAUUUACGCCUCCGAGUUCAUGGACCUUUCUUUCCAAGAAUUCUGAGGCGUAGGAAAGGCAAAAGAGACUUUGGAAAGACUAUAACACAUAUUGUAGCAAAAGUGAUGACUACUGAAAUGGUAAAGGACUUAUCUUCAGACACACUUCUUCAACAGCAUGAUGAUUUGGAUUUGGCUUUGGAUAGUUGUUAUAGUGGAGAUACAGUAGUUAUUUUUCCCGGAGAAUAUCAAGCUGCAAACCUUGCUUUAUUGACCGAUGACAUCGUUAUAAAGGGAAUUGGGAAGAGAGAGGAAAUUAUGAUUACUUCCGAACCUUCUCAUGACAGUUUUGUGGUGUCCAAAGCUGACAAUGUGAAACUAAUGCAUCUAUCUUUGAUACAGCAAGGGACAGUUGAUGGUAUUGUGGUGGUAGAGUCUGGUCACAUGACUCUAGAAAACUGUAUAUUAAAAUGUGAAGGAACAGGAGUUUGUGUUCUUACGGGGGCUGCUUUGACAAUUACAGACAGUGAAAUUACUGGUGCCCAGGGUGCAGGUGUUGAACUGUAUCCUGGGAGCAUAGCCAUUUUGGAAAGGAAUGAAAUUCAUCACUGUAAUAACCUCAGAACCAGUGAAAGUUCAAAAAGCACUUUAGGUGGAGUCAAUAUGAAGGUUCUUCCAGCACCCAAGUUGAAGAUGACUAAUAAUCAUAUUUAUAACAACAAUGGCUAUGGAGUAAGCAUUCUUCAACCAACUGAACAGUUUUUUAUUGUAGCAGAAGGAAACUACCAACAAGGGACUGCUUCAGGAGACAAAAAAGAUGAUAAUAUGCUCUCCAAAGUAAUGCAAAACCUGAAUCUGGAAAUGAAUAAUAAUAAGAUAGAAGCAAACUUAAAAGGGGAUAUAAGAAUAAUCACAAAUUAAAGCAUCUGGAUUAAUGUUAAAA